CGUCUCACCUGUCGCUGAUUAACUCCCCUCUCCGCCGCGCAGCAUGGAGACCACGAGAUAAUAAUAAUGCCUAACGUCGCGCCUCAGGUCAGCAAAUACGCCCCUAGGCGCUCCCCGGUCAGGGACGGCUGUGCCUUGACCGGGACAAGGCUGAGGCUGCCGGAGCGAGCCCCCGGGGACACCUGGCCGCCGCCGCCGGGCGCCAGGAUGCGCGUCUCCAAGGCCAACAAGGGCGCGCCGGUGCGCGCCGUGCGCCGGCACCCGUCCCCGCAGCCGCCCAGCCUGGAGAGCCUGGAGGCGGCCUGGAGCGACAGGGCCAGGGGGGCGGCCACAGACGCGGUGGAGGGGCCCGGAGAGGGCCAACACCGAGGCAGGAAGAAGGGCUUCCGACCCCCCGACGUGAGGACCAUCUUCUCCCCCGGGGAGAGCGACCCCAGGGUGGAAGAGGAGUCUGGAGAGGGACACUUGUUCCAGCCCGGAGGGGAGGACACCUGGUGUGAUGUGUGCUGCCACUACAUCUUCCAGCAGGGACUCACUUGUUCAGGUUGCAAGUACUCCUGUCACGCUGCUUGUCGGGACAAAGUGAAACUUGACUGUCACCCUGAAGCAUCACCCGUCAGUCAGGACCAGCUCAACAACAACACACCACUUCAUGAUGUGGAGAAGGAGAGAGAGUUGCGGACGGAGUUCAGCAGGGAGGAAAUCAAGCAGAGGAUCGAGAAGUACAACUCGCUGACUAAAGACCACUUUAAAAUGACGCUGGGUCCCUCCGGCGCCUACACGGGUUUCAUCAAAGUCCAGCUGGACUUGAGAAGACCGGUGACCAUGAAGGGGGGUCAAAGAGGAGCCGUGACGGGGGAGGCCUUCUAUCUGCCCCGAGGAGUCAUCAACACCCUCCACAUCAGCUCCAGUAACACAGUCAGACAGGUGAUCGUCGCCCUGCUGAACAAGUUCACCGUGGCAGACAACCCAGCCAAGUACGCGCUGUACAAACGCUACCACAGGGAGGAGCAGGUGUACGUGUGUAAGCUGGCGGACGGCGAGAUGCCGCUGUUUCUUCGUCUGGUGGCGGGUCCCGACCACGACAUGCUCAGCUUCGUCCUCAGAGAGCAGCAGACGGGAGAAGUCGUGUGGGAUGCGUUCUCCAUCCCUGAGCUGCGUAACUUCCUGCGGAUCCUCGACAAGGAGGAAGAAGAGCAGAGGGAGGCGGUAGUUCAGCGCUAUGAAACCUACCGGCAGAGACUGCAAGAGGCGAUGAGAGAGGUCAGAGCGCCCUCUCAGAGGAUUUAACCAUCGGGAGACAGGACUACUGCCCCCUAGAGGGACUGGAGGAGGAUUGCAUUUGUUUUUUUUUUCCUUAAAUCUCCUCACAGGAGUUGUAUGAUGCAGAUUUUGUUGGAAGGAUGGCUAUGAAUGCAGAAAGACAAGAGAGGAUUCAACGCCUGGAGAACGGGAUGAUGCAAACAGAUGGAGGAGUAAGAGGACAGAGAAACUCCACAUGAAGGACAAGUGAAUAAAAGGAAAAAUGGACAGCGUUUCUGCCUGCCCACGCCAAAGAUUCCCUCAGCUGUGCCAUACAUUCAUCCUCUCAGCUGUUCCCCGUCCAUCCCUCCCUUCUCUCACGCUGUCCUGCUGUCACAACGCGUAUGCAGUCUGUCUCGUUUCCUCUUCGUCUCCCUCACUUUUUAUCCUUCAAGCUUGUGAAAGGCUGAAUGCCACGUGUUGCAUUUUUUUUUUUAAUUUAAAUCGUUUGUUUUUAAAAGUCUGUACAUAUUUUUUUUUCUUAAUUUAUAUGGGUGGAGCUUUAUUUUGUGUUUUACUUUACUUUUUUAAAACAAAGUCUUAUUUUAGUUUCUUUUACAGAGGCAGAAACAAUCAGGCUUUUGACACAGACAUAGAGAAUAGUUCAUCCAGUCGUCUGCUGGAUGAAACGACACGGAUGAUGCGAGCAUCGAGAAAACACUGGGGUUAAAACCAAAACGGCUGCAGACGCGUGUUCAUGUAUAUGGAGCCCCAGUUUUUAAUAUUAUUAUACAAUCAAAAUGUUAUUUACAUUUUUACAUUAUUUUUAGGGUUUUGAUAACAAUCAAAUUACAAGAAAUCGUAGCCAGGUGAUUUUAAUUACAGUAAAAACACCUUUUUUUUUUAUAACAAAAAUUAGACAUGACACUUUAUUUGUUUUUAUUUAACUAGAAAAUUCUUAUAUAUCACUUUAAUAUUUUUGUGUCAUAGAUGAUCAAUAAUGUUUUGAUUUUAUCAAAUUUCACCACAUUUAAAAUGUUCAUCUCAUGAAUAACUAAGUAUUUAAAGUUUUUAAUAUAAUUUGCAGACUCAUUAUCAGUUAAUUUGACGACAGAAACAUCUCAAUUUUCAGUGUUUUUUUUUUGUAACAAUUUUUUUGUACACUUUUGAUUCAAAAGUAAAAAUCUGUAUAUGGCAAUAUAUUCUAGAUUUUUCCAUUUAACAAAUGGAUUUUUGUUCACGUAAAAUAUUAAAAUUAAUUUGUAGGAAUCUUCGCUCACUCUUAGGAAGUGUCGUACAGCUCCGUCUAAGGACUCGCUGAGCAAAAAAUCGCAAAACUUCCUAUAUUGGGUCUUCAAAAAUGUAAUAAUAUACACUUUUAUAUGUAUCUGCAAUUGAACUCAUUAAUUUUAGAAAGCUUCAGACUCCACAGUUGUAAGUUGUGAAACUAAAAGUUGCAGAUAAAGGUACAGAGGAACUGAAAAAGGGUUGAAUGACUGAAAACAGACUCUUGACUGGGUACUGAGAAUAUUGAAAGGUUUAAAUGGAAGGAAUUAAAAUAAACAAGAAACUUGUGAGUGCAGGAAAUUAUUUAGUUGUGGUGUGUAAAACGAAAGUUUCUCAGAAUGAGGACUAAAGUGAGUGUUUGGGUGUUUGGUGAAGCGAGGACUGAACACACCCACGUAGAUUGAGUGGACACGACCUCUCACCGCUGAUCAGACCUGGUCAGAGGAACGAGCGCCGAGAUGUGACUGGUUUCUGGAAGUUGACAGAGCGAUUUAGAGGAAGUAGAAGAGAAACAUUAGCUGAAGCAGGGAAUAAAAGCAGAAGUAGGGAGGUGGUUUUUUUUCUUUUCUUUUUUGUAGUCUUGGGAAACGCUCUCUUACAAGCAGGGUGACCGUGGCCUUGGAGAAAAAUGACCACAAGUCACUUUGAUUAACUGCUUGUUUCUUUUUGUAUUUAUGGGCGCUCUUAUAACCCUCUUGUGAGAGGAAAGGCAGAGAGCACAGGAGUAAAAGCGGCUGCAUCGUCACACCGUUUGAAGUGCAUGCUGUUUUAACGUUAAUACUAUGUAGCCGUGACCUUUUUUAAAGUCCAAAUGAUUUUAUUUUAUUCUGCUGGAUGAGGGUGGGUGUUGGAGGCAACCAAAGUGGUAAGGUAUCAUAAUACAGACAUAGUUGGAGAGAAGAUUGUAGAUAAGCAAAUUAUGCUUUUGAAGAUAUUGAAAAAUGGAAAGGAAAGUGCAAAAGUUGAAAGGGUUUUUGUGUAGUUUGAUUUUGCUCCUUUUUAUAUGCAACAUUUUCGUCAUGUCUGUUAUUUCUCAUUAAAACACCAAAGAGUUUUUUGUUUUUGCAUUGUUGCCAAAUCUGUUUUAAGACAAUCAUUUGGACGAAUAGAACCUUAGAUGCAUCAUAUUUUUUUGAAAAUUGACAUUAUUGUGCUGCAAACACUGAAUGACGUGACGCUGAUGGUGCUUGCAAGACUGCUGUUCGACGUCGCCAUCUAGUGGACAGACGCUGCAACUAUUCUCUCAUUUCUGUGUCAAACAUGCAAUGGUUAUCUGUAUAGAUUUAUUUUACUCUUUUGCAUAAUAACCAAAGGUAUUUUUGUGGUGUUGCCUGGAGCAAAAUUAUACAAGAGGCCUCUUCCCGCUGAAGGGAAACAUGUAUGAUGUUAGAGUUUUAUUUAAAGGGGGUUUUAACCCUGAUUUAUUCUUCUUUUAAACACUGGGUUCAUUCUAUGGAAGCAAAAAAGGGCCUUAAGGAUUUGAAUCUUACAAGCGGCUGAACAGCAAAUGUUGACAUUUACAUGAAUAGUAGGAUUUAUUGCCAUCUGAAUUUUUUUGAUUUCAUGUUUGUUUUUUCUUGAAAUCUGUGCACUACAUGGAAAUACAAAAUUGAAAUAUUUAAAGAAUCUUUCACAAGUUUUUUUUGUUUUUUAAGAAAAUUUAGAUGUGUAAGAAUUUAGAUAAUGAAGCGUCAAGUAAGUGAAUUGGUCAAUAUUGGAUUAAAAAAUGUAACUUUAAUGAUUCAAGUUUGCGAACCGUGAAACGUAUUACUGAAUAUGUCAAAAAUGAACAAAAACUGUUAUUCAGUUGCUUGUUGGAAUAAAUAUUCAAUUAUUUUGUCCCUUUGUUGCCUCUGUACGUUAUCAUGAUGCGCAAGUCUGUGUGGGAACAGUUAUUAAAUAAUGAAGCUGUGUUUUUUUGUUUUAUUUUGUCUGUAUUUUAUAGACAACUUUAGCUGUUAGCACAUGGAACCAGGCUAGUCGUAUCACUUUUAUUGGGGCACUUUAACUUGAAAUUCAGGGAAGAUGACGGCUUUUGUGAUUUUCUUUUUCUUUUCCUUUUUGUCUCUUUUUCGCCCUGUUUCAUCUGCAUCGCCGUCACACUCUGUACUCAAUCUUAACAUCAAAUAAACUUAAAAUCAACUUUG